CUGAUUGGGCACCUCUCUCCAUUCUGUUCUUCCUCCUGUUGUGAGUUCCACAGAGUUAUAUGGGCUCAACAUUUGCUGCCUAAUCUCUAACAGCUCCUUCUGUCCGCCUCCAAGGAAAAGAUGAAGUACUUCUGAGAACCAUAGAAGACAACAAGACAAAACGAUAGCUAGGAGGAGGAGAUGGCGAAGGCGUUGAGGAACCUCAACCGCGCAAAGCCUCAAAGUUGUGGAGUAGGAUUGCUUGCUGUAUUGAUCCUGGUCUCCCUGUCCUAUGUUACGAUGUCGAGGACGAACAAGAUGCGCAUAUCAAUUGCAACUUCACAGCUUCCACCAUUGUUGAAGGUCAACUCCACCUCUAUGGCAUCUGAUAAAUCCGAUGGACAUGACGAUUCUUCACAAGAUGGUGUCAAAGCAGGAAGAAUCGAGAAGAGUUCUUCUGUCGAUCAUGUCGAGGUCCCGGUAACAUACAGUCGAGGUGAAUUAGGUGGGAUGAAGCCAGAGAAGAAGCCAAUAUGUGAUCUUUCAAACAGAAAGUCCGAGGUGUGUGAGGCAGACGGCGAUGUCAGAAUCAUCGGCAAGGACACCAGGAUGGUGUACGUGGCUCCUCCUCAGUUCGGCGACAGCGGAGGAGGCGAAUCAUGGACCAUCAAACCUUAUGCACGAAAGUGGGAUGCAGGAUCAGGAGCUCGUGUUCGCGAGGUGACCAUGAAACUAGUCAAUGGCUAUGGAGACGAUACGCGUUGCUCCGUGAACCACACCGUCCCCGCAUUGGUGUUCGCCAUCGGCGGAUGGACCGGAAACUUCUUCCACGACUUCGCCGACGUGCUUGUCCCUCUCUUCCAGACUGCCUACCCUUUCGGCGGCGAGGUCCAGUUCCUCGUAGCCAACAUGAAGCCAGAAUGGGUCAAGAAAUAUCAGCUCUACUUCAGAAAGCUCUCCCGGUACGAGAUCAUCGAGUAUGACAACGACGACACCGUCCGUUGCUUCAAGCAUGUGACUCUCGGUCUUAGAUGCAGCAGCAUCGAGGACUUCCAAAUGGAGCCCUCAAAAUCUCCGCACGGCUACAGUAUGGUUGACUUCGCCAAGUUCACCAGAAGCGCUUUCUCUCUCCAGAGAGACCACUCGUGGAGGAGCGACGAACAACACAACAAGAAGCCGAGGCUAAUGAUCAUAAGGAGAGCCCGAACAAGAAAAUUCAUGAACGUAGAAGAGAUUGUUCAGAUGGCCAAAGAGGUGGGGUAUGACGUUGUGGUGGCUGAGGCAGACGAUGACAUUUCCACGUUCUCGCGCGUCGUGAACUCGUGCGAUGUGUUGAUGGGCGUUCAUGGAGCAGCGCUUACUAAUAUGGUGUUCCUCCCCACCAACGCCGUCGUGAUACAAGUAGUUCCCUGGGGUAACCUCGACUGGAUAGCUGGCCACUACUUCAGGGAUCCUUCCAAGCAAAUGAAGGUGAACUACUUGGAAUACAGCAUAAGCGAGGAGGAGACGACCCUCUCAGAGUUGUACCCGAGAGACCAUGCCGUCUUCAAGGACCCCAUGUCACUGCACCAUCAAGGAUGGGAUACAUUUUCCAGGAUCUUCCUACAGGAACAGAACGUGAGGCUCGAUGUGAACAGGUUUAGGCCUUUCCUGGAACGUGCCCUGGACAUUCUAAGCCAACAGCCGAGAGAAUGAGUUGGCUAGGAGUUCAACUCAGACUAGAAGAGAUAUGAGCUGCCGAUUGAUUUCUUGAUUUGUAUUAGUUGUCUUGUAAUGAAACAGAGAAGAAAGGAGAAGAAACACCGGUACUAACAGCAUCUUUGUUGUUUCCGAUGCACAAAGCAAGGGAGAACAUGUUUUGUGUUGGUACUUAAUGUCCCAGGGCAACAUUUAUAGCUCGACUUACUUCUUUCAAUGGACGAUCCAGAACAGUCGUGGAGCACCAUA